AUGGAGAGCGCCUUCACCCGUCCGGUUGCCACGGUGCUCGCUAACUUCAAGACUCACGAGCACAAUGGCCUCAGCGACAAGCAGGUUGAGCAACUUCGCAGGAAAUACGGCCGCAACGCCAUCCCUGAAGAACCUCCUACGCCCCUCUGGGAGUUGAUCCUGGAACAGUUCAAGGACCAGCUGGUACUCAUUCUCCUCGGCUCCGCCGCCGUCUCCUUCGUGCUGGCACUUCUCGAGGACGAAGGCGGCUGGAGUGCCUUUGUCGAUCCCGCCGUGAUUCUCACUAUUCUCAUCCUCAACGCUGUGGUCGGGGUCUCGCAGGAAAGCAGCGCCGAAAAGGCAAUCGCCGCUCUCCAGGAGUACUCGGCCAACGAGUCUAAUGUCAUCCGCAACGGCGGCCACGUCUCGCGACUCAAGGCCGAGGAACUGGUGCCGGGAGACAUCGUCACGGUUUCCGUGGGAGACCGCAUCCCUGCCGACUGUCGUGUCAUCGCCAUCGAGAGCAACAGCUUUGCCGUGGACCAGGCCAUUCUCACGGGAGAGAGCGAGAGCGUGGGCAAGGAUGAAGAGGCCAUCGUCAAAGAUGAUCGCGCCGUCUUGCAAGACCAGGUCAACAUGCUCUUCUCCGGAACCACCGUCGUCACGGGCAGAGCGAAGGCCGUCGUUGUCCUGACCGGCUCCAACACUGCCAUUGGAGACAUCCACGAAAGCAUCACUGCCCAGAUUUCGGAGCCCACGCCGUUGAAGCAGAAGCUCAACGACUUUGGCGACAACCUGGCCAAGGUCAUCACUGUCAUCUGCAUCCUGGUUUGGCUCAUCAACAUUCCCAACUUUAACGACCCCAGCCAUGGCAGCUGGACCAAGGGUGCCAUCUACUACCUCAAGAUUGCCGUUUCUCUUGGCGUCGCUGCGAUCCCCGAGGGCCUAGCCGUCGUCAUCACCACGUGUCUGGCGCUUGGCACUCGUAAGAUGGCCGCAAAGAACGCCGUCGUUCGCAGCCUGCCCUCGGUGGAGACGCUCGGCAGCUGCAGCGUCAUCUGCUCAGACAAGACUGGGACCCUGACUACCAAUCAGAUGAGCGUCAACAAGAUGGUUUACCUCAACGAGCAGGGCACCGACCUGGCCGAGCUGGACGUGGAAGGCACGACGUUUGCGCCCAAGGGUGCCAUCAGCAUCAAGGGCCAAGUCGUCGAGUAUCUCUCGACCACCUCUGACACGAUCCGCCAGAUGACCGAGGUCGCGGCCUUGUGCAACGAUUCCCACUUGGCCUACGACGCACGCACAGCCACCUUCUCCAGCGUUGGCGAGCCGACCGAGGGUGCGCUGAGAGUGCUUGUUGAGAAGAUUGGACCCUGCGCCCCGGCCGGCACCCACCCCAACGACUGCGUCCACUUCGCCAGCGCCAAGUACGAGAAGAAGCUGCCCCGGCUCGCGACGUACGAGUUUUCGCGUGAUCGCAAGAGCAUGUCUGUCCUGGUUCAGAGCGGCAAGAAAAAGAAGCUACUCGUCAAGGGAGCACCGGAAUCCAUCAUCGAACGCUGUACCCACGCGCUUCUCGGCCCCGACGGCAAAAAGGUCCCUCUGGAUGAGAAGCUCUCUGAUCUCAUGUUGAGGGAAGUCAUUGAGUACGGAAACCGAGGUCUCCGUGUUAUUGCUCUGGCCAGCGUUGACGACGUCUCCAAAAGCCCGCUGCUCGCCGCCAAAUCUACCUCAGAAUAUGCCCAACUGGAGCAGGACAUGACCCUCCUGGGCCUGGUGGGCAUGCUGGAUCCUCCUCGGAAGGAAGUCCCGGGCUCCAUCCAGCAGUGCAAAAAGGCUGGUAUCCGGGUCAUUGUCAUCACUGGCGAUAACCGCAACACGGCCGAGAGCAUCUGCAGACAGAUUGGCGUCUUCGGUCGGCACGAGGACCUGAGAGGCAAGAGCUACACCGGUCGCGAGUUUGAGAACCUGAGCCCCGCCGAGCAGCUCAAGGCGGCCCAGAAAGCAUCGCUCUUCUCCCGCGUGGAGCCCGGCCACAAGUCCAAGCUUGUUGAUCUCCUCCAGUCGCUCGGCGAGGUCGUUGCCAUGACUGGCGACGGUGUCAACGACGCGCCGGCCCUCAAAAAGGCUGACAUUGGCGUUGCCAUGGGCUCCGGAACCGACGUCUCGAAGCUGGCCGCCGACAUGGUCCUCGCCGACAGCAACUUUGCGACCAUCGAGGUCGCCAUCGAGGAGGGCCGGGCCAUCUACAACAACACCCAGCAAUUCAUCCGCUACCUCAUCUCGUCCAACAUUGGCGAGGUCGUGUCCAUCUUCCUGACGGCGGCUCUCGGCAUGCCCGAGGCGCUGAUCCCCGUCCAGCUGCUGUGGGUCAACCUGGUCACCGAUGGUCUUCCCGCCACUGCUCUCUCCUUCAACCCCCCGGACGGCGACAUUAUGAAGCGGCAGCCCCGGAAGCGGGACGAACCCCUCAUUGGCGGCUGGCUGUUCCUCCGCUACCUGAUCAUUGGUACCUACGUCGGACUUGCCACGCUGUCGCGCUUCCACCACUGCUCUGCAGACUUUCCUGAGAUUGGAUGCGAAAUGUUCUCCAACGACAUGGCCAAGGCAGGCUCGACUGUGUCGCUGUCGAUUCUGGUCGUCAUUGAAAUGUUCAACGCGAUGAAUGCUCUGUCGUCGAGCGAGUCGCUGCUCACCCUGCCCCUGUGGAAGAACAUGAUGCUCGUCUACGCGAUUGCCCUGUCCAUGGCGCUCCACUUCGCUCUCCUCUACAUCCCGUUCCUCCAGGGCCUCUUUGCCAUCCUGCCGCUCAACUGGAUGGAGUGGAAAGCUGUGGUCCUCAUCAGUGCCCCCGUAAUUCUCGUCGAUGAGGUCCUCAAGUUCUUUGAACGGCAAUUCUUCAUGCAGACGACGCGCGAGACUGACCAGACGCGCCGGACAAAGAAGGAGCAAUAG